CAAGAGCUUCGACACGUGAACCGACUCCAAUGCUAUUGGGCCAAUCAGGGCGAGCCCGUGCUUGUUAAAGCUGUCUGGCUCUCUACAUGUCGUACGGAGAAGCGAGCUUCUGAUGACGUCCGGAGCUCGGCGAGCCAUUUUCUCAAAAAUCAACGCCUCUCCAACACCAAACCACAGCAACUCACCACCAAACCCCUCAAUGCGUCAACAAUAGCAUCACCUACCUCCUCCUCUACCUAGAACGUAUAUCCCCCACCUAAAAAUGGAAACCAGAUUCCUCCUCCGUCUUUCCCAGCGCCUUCAACUCCCUCCAUCUCUCCGCGCUCUUCGUCCUCUCUCGACACGCCACCAUUACAGCACCUAUAAACCUCCCCCUUCAGAACAAGCAAACCCUAUAGGAGACUACUACGCUUCAAUCCUCGAAUUCUCCACUCCAUCCAACACCAGCGCGCCUCCGACCAGCACCGGCACCACACCCUCAUCCUCAACCUCCCCAGCAAAACCCGCACUCCCCACCACCCCCGCCUCCACCGACCCCGGCCCCAGCAUCCUCUUCUCCUCACGACUCUCCUCACCACUCGAGCGGCGCUCUGAAAUACGGAAGCAGAGCGUGCUGGUGGCCGGGAUAUGGGUCCCGCCGAAACCAGACGAGCCGGAUAACUGCUGUAUGAGCGGCUGCGUAAACUGCGUGUGGGAUCGGUAUGGUGAGGAGUUGGAGGAGUGGGCGGCGAAGAGGAGGGAGGCGAAUGAGGCGGUGAGGAGGGAGAGGAGUUUAGAGAAGGGGAAGGGGAGGAGGAGGAGAGGUGCGGGUAUGGUGCUGGGUGAGGGUGGUGUUGAGGGAGACUUGGGCGCGGGCAACGCGAGUGCGCAGGUGAAUGUGAAUGCGAACGGGGCGGUUAGUAUGGAUGAUGAUGGGGGAGGGUCGGAUACUAAUUGGGGGACCGGGCUGGAGACGGAUUUUACGAGUGAGGAUUUGUUCAAAGGUGUUCCGGUGGGCAUCAGGGAGUUUAUGAAGCAGGAGAAGAGGCUGAAAGAGAAGCAUGCUAGAGAGGGUACUAGUGGUGGGUAGGUAGGGAGGCCCAGCGACAUGAUACCAAUAGACGGAGAGGAAAGAACAGCAAGAGUAUGCAGAAC